AUGGUGUUAGGAGAGUACACUGACCUACGCGUCGACCGCUAUGAUCGCGUUUUCGUCAUCACCAUGCAAAAGGCACCAGAGAAUCGACUAAACGUACGAUUCACACAGGAAAUAAUAAGAGCACUGCGAGACAUUGAGCAAGAGCUCGGCCCAGAUUCAGAAGGCUGUGUGCAACGCUGCUCGACUACCCUUCUAACCGGUCACACCUUUGGUGGCGCCUGCCCCUUCGCCCUCGCGCACGACUACCGUAUUAUGAACUUUUCGCGUGGUUUCUUCUCCAUGCCGCCCGUAGACCUUGGUUUGCACUUCCCGGGUAUCGGCUAUCUCCCGCGUCUCAAACUUCACCCACAGAUCGCACGCAAGAUGUUGCUAGAAGCUCAUAGAUGGACGGGUAAGACAGCAUACGAGGAUGGCAUUGUGGAUGAGGUUGCGAAUCCCGAGGAAAUGCUAGCGGUAGCGCUGAAGAAAGCGAGCGAAAUUCAAGGGAAAGCUAAGAUGGGAGUGUAUAGUUUGUUGAGAAAUGAGCUUUGGGGUGAGGCGGCGGAGAAGAUUAGGGGAAUAUGUUAUGUUCAUGGGAGAAUAGUGACUGCGCCUGCGAGGGCGAAGAUCUAGCUGUUCUAUCGGUCUCAAUGAGACGGUUGACUGACUUGGUACUUCAGAGCUUGCUCUAUAUUCUGCACACACCAUUUGACGUCAAAUUGAAAAUUGCAUCGUGACCCUUCAAAGAUGGGUGAUCAAUCCUAAUGAUGAACCCCGAAACAGUUCCAGGUCGGUCUUACGCGUGUAAGUCGCUCUACUAAGUGCUGACCUUCUUCCACUUCAAUCCAUCAUUCAAAUCGCAUUUCUCGGCCCUCCACUUGUCCACAAAGUAGAAAUCUCUCGGCCGCCACGGCCCA